AUGGAAGAUUGCUCAUCAUUUGUCGUUGUUAUUUGGGGUUUGGGUGGCAUUGGAAAGACAACUCUUGCGAAAGCUGUUGUCUACACUGUAGAUAGAAACCGUUACAACUAUGCCAGAAUUGAAUUAGAUUUAGAUUCUGACAAAAAUAACUAUAAAGAAAUGCAGCAACAAAUUUUGAAGGAUGCCUUUCCAAGCUAUGAGGAGGGGAGAAAAAUAGAUUUGAGAAAUGAUGAAGAUGGUAGAGAGCACUUAACUCAGGCUUUUAAAAGUGGAGCAGAAAAGCCUGUGUUUUUAUAUAUUGAUAAUGCUCUGCACAUAAAAGACUUGGAGAAAAUUCUGCCGGAAAACUUGCGAGGUCUUCCACAGAAUAGCAGAAUUCUUGUUACGACCAGAAUCCUCAAGGAAACAGACGUGCUUCAGGAACGUGGUCUUCAACGCAACGACUAUCCUGUCAAAACUCUCUCUCACCAUCAUGUUGGGAUGUGA